CACAAGAGCUCUAAGACUGCCCGCCAUAUAUAUAUUCAUUCUCUCAGCCCACAAUGGCACUUCUGGAGACAUUUGGUCAUCCCUACCUGAAGUCCCUGGCUCAUCGUGGCUACAUUCAGGGCACCACUCUGCACUCAAAAGCAUCUAACCAGCCUCUGUGCCACUAUUUUGGAUCUGUUCGAUAUGCUCUUCCUCCUCCUGAAAGAUGGCGUCGGGCCCAGAAGCUCCCCGAGUCCUAUUCCUACGGCACCAAAGACCAACCCGCCCCUUGCGACAAAGAUGCUGCUGUUUGUCCGCAGCCCAGCUUCAUGGGUCGUCCGUACACGAAGGGGUUCACAGAGGACUGUUUUGAAGCCAGCGUGUGGGUACCGCUAGGAGAGCCCCCCAAGGAAGGCUGGCCGGUCCUUUUCUUCAUCCACGGAGGCUGGCUACAAUUCGGCCACCCGAACGGAUUCUCCGCCGCAGCCUUACUAGGCGAUGCUGGACUCAACGCCAUUGUCGUCCUUCCAGCCUACCGGCUGAACGUCUUCGGUUUCUUAUACUCCUCGGAGAUCGAGAAGGACGCCUCUUCUGUAGGCGAAACAGCAGGCAACCACGGCUUCUGGGACCAGCGUCUAGCCCUAGAAUGGACGAGGGACAACAUCAGCCUCUUCGGCGGCAACCCAUCCCAAAUCACCGUCUCCGGAUACUCAGCCGGCGCCUACUCAACAUUCUACCAACUCGCCUACGACCUCCAAUUCCCCGCCUCCCAAGCACUAAUCAAACAAGCCUGCAUCUGGUCCAACGCCGCCGCCGUACAGCCCAAAUCUCCAGCCUCCGCCCAAGAACAAUUCGAUCAACUCCUCUCAGCCCUAAACAUCCCCAGCACCCUCCCCUGGGCCGAGAAGAUCUCCCAUCUCCGGUCCCUCCCCUCCCAAACCCUCCUCGACGCCGCCAUGAGCGUGCAACUAAACCAAUACCGCCCGACCUCCGACUCAGCCUUCAUCCAACCCACCCUCUUCAAAUCCCUCGACAGCGGAGCCUUCGCGCGCGCCCUCACCGCACGAAACGUGCGCAUCAUGCUCGGCGAAUGCCGCGACGAGCGACACCUCUACGCCGCCUGGUUCCCCCCACAAGCCGACAGUCUCUCCGCUCUCCAUUCCAGACUUCUCGCAGAUUACCCGCGCCACGUCGUGGACACGCUCAUGAAGCUCCACUACCCAGACGGCAAGUUGCCAUCGUGCUGCGAGAACUGGGACAAUGAUGCCUUCGGGCGGGUGUAUGCCAAGAUGCAGGUGCAUGAUAUGCAGCGCGGGCUGAUUCAUGCUCUUGCUAGUGGCGGGGCGGGACAUUUGCUUUAUCGGUAUCGGAUUGAGUGGCGGGCUAAGUGUGUGGAUGCCAAUAUUCCGCCCGACUGGGAGGUUACGCAUUCUAGUGAUUAUCCCAUUUGGUUCUGGGGGAAUGGACAUGUGUUGGAGCCGGAGGAGAAGGUUGUUAUUCGGCGGGCUUUGAUGGAUCCGUUUAUUAGACUUGUUCAUGGGGAGGGGGAUGUGAAGUGGGGUACGACGCAUCAUCGGGAGAUGAGGACCUUGAAGCCUGAUGGGUCGGUUGAGAUUGUGCAGGAUAAUGCGCUUUGGGAUGAGGCGAUGCGCGUCUGGAAGGCUUUACGGGAGGUGGGAGAGCCGGAGGCUUCUGCUGCAAAGCUUUAAAGGAUGGGGUUCAAUGCUUCUGAGUAAAUGGAGGUUGGCCUUGAUUCUGUAUAUAUCGCACG